GGGGGUUGAGUAGUUGACAACAAAACAGGGACAGAGCAAAGAGAAAGAAAGUGUGUGUGUAUUCUAUUCUGUUUCAUUUCAGUUUCGGAGGAGAAAAUGAACACUACACUUUCCCCUUCAGCAUCUACCACAUGCUUUUCUUCUCCCAAAACCUUUGCUUCUUCUUCUCCCUCCAAAAUCACCGUUCCUUGUUCUUCCAAGUCUACCCGCAUUGAACUUCACUGCAAAAGGGGUUCUCAGUACGCCGGAGUUCGCUGCAACUGUAGUUUCCGCCCUGGUGGUCCUGGCUCUGGUGAUGGUGAUAGCAGCAGCAGAACUGUUCUGGAUGCAUUUUUCUUGGGAAAAGCUGUAGCUGAAGCACUCAAUGAGCGCAUUGAGUCCACAGUUGGUGAGUUUUUGAGCACAGUUGGAAGGCUGCAAGCUGAACAACAGAAGCAAGUGCAGGACUUUCAGGAAGAAGUGUUGGACAGAGCCAAAAAGGCAAAGGAAAAAGCGGCGCGUGAAGCUAUGGAGGCACAAGGACUCAUUUCCAAGUCUGCAGCUGAGACAAAAGUUGCGGAUUCACCUUCUUCAAGAACUUCAAAUUCUGCAACAGAUCCAGUUAUCUCGGUCCAGAUUACUGAUGCAUCCGAAACAUACACAGAACCUACCAUAAAGGAGGAUCCCGCUUUAAGUUCAUCAGAUGAUGAAUGAUUUAUACGUGUAUAUUUUACUUUAACUUUUGACUGAUAUAUACUGAAUAGUCUGAAUGUGCUUAGUGCCUUAUGUUUAUCCAAUCUAAAUAAGUCAUCAAGUUCAAUAGACAAUUCAUGACCUUUUUUAAAAUUCUAUCCUUUCUGGGGGAUUUUUUGUCAAGAGUUAAAUGAAUUUAAAUUCUCCAUUGGAUUGUCUUUGUUUCUU